AUGAAAAUAAUCGUAUUGAUUGUGCUAGUGGGAGUAGCUCUAGCAAGAGACGAAUAUUUCUUUGCUUAAUUAAGAGAUUCUGAAUUUGGAAAAACCAUUAUAUAAACAUUACAAGUAUAAUUGCUCCAAGAGCAUCCUGCUGAUACAGUUGUGCAUCUCCUUAAACAAAUGAAGGAUGAUCUACUCAACGAAUAGAGAGCUGAAGAUGAAGAUUUGUAAGGGUCAUUGUAAAGUUGUUAAACAGCCUCUGAAGCCGCAGCUGCAGUGAUUACAGUUGCAAAGGAAAGAAAAGCAACAGCAGAAGAUAGAUUACCUCUUUUACAAUAAGAACAAAAUGAUAAGAAAUAGCAAUUAUUUGACAAGCAAGGGGAAGAAUAAAGAAAUUUAGAUAGAAUUAGUGUAUUGCAAGAAGCUCGUAAUGUUUAAAGAGGUGAAUAUGAAUAAAGAAGAGAUGAAUUAGUAGGAUUGAUUUCUGCAUUAUAAGAAGCAAAAUAAAUCUUAUCUUAAGGUAUUACAGCAUUAAAGAAGAGCAGUUUUGCUGAAUUGAAGAGUCAUCACUAAAACUUCUUGAAAUAUUAUCCUCACAAAAAGGGAUUCCAUACUAUGGUCAACAUGUUAUUGGAAGUAUUACAAGAUGAAGGAACAUAAGAAAGUGCAGCAUAAAAAGUAGUCAAAAUUAUUGACACUCUUGUUGAUAGCAUAUUCCAAGUCUAAAAAGAAGAGAUGAAAGCAGAUGACGGAAGAGAAUUAGAUUUUUAGACCUAAAAGGAAAGAUUACUUUUGGCUAAUAGAAGAUUGGCAGGAAGCAUUGCUGAUUUGAAUGCUCGUUACGAAGUCUUAGGAUAAAAGAUCUUAGAAGUUAGAAAUGACGUUUCCACUUAAGAUGCUGUUAUUAAUAAUAAAUAAACUGAAAAGGGUGAUUGGGAUCAAACUUGCAGUGACACUGAAAAGGCACACAGACAAUAAACUGAUUCAAGAAAUGGUCAACUUGAGAUUAUUGUUGAAUGCAUAGAUAUCUUUGAAACAAGAUUCGACAUGGAAACUAAAAGCUAUAUUCAACGCAUAAGAUUCUGAAAAAUAUUAAUACCAAUAAAUAAAAACGGAUUUUAAUAUAUAUAUAAAUA